CCUUGCAAGCAAGUUGCAUAAAUUUGUGGUUUACGUGUGAAUGUUUGCUCAUAAUUAUUGAGCACCUGCUUGUUGAUUUGCUGCUCUCAUUGCAUUUAUUCUCAAAGGUCUCCUGCUUAGUUAAGCACUCAUUCCAUCGAAACAAAUUUCUCAUCUUUUCUUAUCUUUUCAACUCUUUUGUUUUCACAAAAAAUGGCUAACGCUUUGCUCGGAGUUGUGUUUGAAAAUUUGAUGUCUCUCCUUCAAAAUGAAUUUUCUACCAUUUCUGGUAUCAAGUCAAAGGCUGAAAAACUAUCAACCACCUUAGAUUUGAUCAAGGCUGUUCUUGAAGAUGCUGAAAAGAAACAAGUCACAGACCGCUCUAUUAAGGUAUGGCUACAACAACUCAAAGAUGUUGUUUAUGUGCUCGAUGAUAUCCUUGAUGAGUGCUCGAUCAAGUCUGGUCAACUUAGAGGAUCAAUCUCUUUUAAACCAAAUAACAUCAUGUUUCGCCUUGAGAUCGGCAACAGGUUGAAAGAGAUUACAAGGAGAUUGGAUGAUAUUGCUGAUAGUAAGAACAAGUUUUUUCUACGGGAGGGUACUAUUGUUAAGGAAAGCUCAAAUGAAGUAGCUGAAUGGCGUCAAACCAGCUCCAUUAUUGUUGAACCAAAAGUAUUUGGACGAGAAGAUGAUAAAGAAAAGAUUGUUGAGUUUCUUCUCACCCAAGCGAGGGACUCUGACUUCCUUUCCGUCUAUCCCAUUGUUGGUUUAGGUGGUAUUGGAAAAACAACUCUCGUUCAAUUGGUCUACAAUGAUGUUAGGGUGAGUGGCAAUUUUGACAAAAAUAUUUGGGUUUGUGUUUCUGAGACUUUCUCUGUCAAGAGGAUUUGUUGUUCCAUUAUAGAAUCUAUCACAAGAGAGAAGUGUGCUGACUUCGAAUUAGAUGUAAUGGAAAGAAAGGUGCAAGAAGUGCUGCAAGGUAAAAAAUAUUUGCUCGUUUUGGAUGAUCUGUGGAACAAAACCCAACAAUUGGAAUCUGGACUAACACAUGAUAAGUGGAAUCAUUUGAAGUCUGUGUUGUCGUGUGGAUCAAAAGGUAGUUCCAUUUUAGUGUCCACCCGUGAUAAAGUUGUUGCAACAAUCGUGGGAACAUGCCAAGCUCACUCUUUGUCUGGUAUCUCUGAUAGUGAAUGUUGGUUGUUGUUCAAAGAAUAUGCAUUUGGAUAUUACAGAGAAGAGCAUACAAAGCUUAUGGAAAUAGGAAAGGAGAUUGUAAAGAAAUGUAAUGGAUUGCCUCUUGCAGCAAAAGCAUUGGGAGGUUUGAUGAGCUCAAGGAAUGAAGAAAAGGAAUGGCUUGAUAUUAAGGACAGUGAGCUUUGGGCUUUAUCGCAAGAAAAUUCUAUUUUGCUUGCUUUGAGGUUGAGUUACUUUUAUUUAACACCAACCCUAAAGCAAUGUUUCUCUUUUUGCGCUAUAUUUCCCAAGGAUAGAAAAAUCCUGAAAGAAGAAUUGAUUCAACUUUGGAUGGCUAAUGAAUUUAUUUCAUCUAUGGGUAAUUUGGACGUUGAAGAUGUUGGAAACAUGGUUUGGAAGGAAUUGUACCAAAAAUCAUUCUUUCAAGAUGGCAAGAUGGAUGAAUAUUCUGGAGACAUUUCUUUCAAGAUGCAUGAUCUUGUCCAUGAUCUCGCUCAAUCAAUAAUGGGGCAAGAAUGUAUGCAUUUGGAGAACAAAAACAUGACCAGUUUGUCAAAAAGCACACACCACAUUGUUGUUGACUACAAAGUGUUAUCCUUUGAUGAAAAUGCUUUCAAAAAAGUUGAAUCCUUGAGAACAUUGUUGAGUUAUUCUUACCAAAAAAAACAUGAUAACUUCCCAGCAUAUCUUUCUCUCCGGGUUUUAUGCGCAUCCUUUAUCCGGAUGCCAUCACUGGGGAGUUUAAUUCAUUUAAGGUAUUUGGGACUUCGUUUUCUUGACAUAAAAAAGUUGCCUGACUCAAUUUACAAUCUAAAAAAGCUGGAAAUCUUGAAAAUAAAAUACUGUGAUAAACUUAGCUGGCUUCCGAAACGCUUGGCUUGUUUACAAAAUCUUAGACAUAUAGUCAUUGAAGAAUGUCGAUCUUUGUCUAGUAUGUUUCCUAACAUUGGAAAAUUAACUUGUUUAAGAACAUUAAGUGUGUACAUUGUUAGUUUAGAGAAAGGGAAUAGUUUGACAGAGUUACGUGAUCUAAAACUCGGUGGAAAACUGAGUAUCGAAGGAUUAAACAAUGUUGGCAGUUUAUCUGAAGCUGAAGCGGCUAAUUUGAUGGGUAAAAAAGACCUUCAUCAAUUAUGCUUGUCAUGGAUAUCGCAACAGGAAUCUAUAAUUAGUGCUGAGCAAGUACUCGAAGAGCUUCAACCUCACUCAAAUCUCAAAUGCUUGACAAUAAAUUACUAUGAAGGAUUAUCGUUACCAAGUUGGAUAAUUAUUCUUAGUAAUUUAAUUUCUCUUAAACUUGAGGAUUGCAACAAGAUUGUGCGGCUUCCGUUACUUGGUAAACUACCAUCUCUAAAAAAACUGGAAUUAUCUUAUAUGGAUAAUCUGAAAUACUUGGAUGAUGAUGAAUCUCAGGAUGGUAUGGAGGUGAGGAUUUUCCCAUCUCUGGAGGAACUCGUAUUAUAUAAGUUACCAAACAUAGAGGGUUUAUUGAAAGUUGAAAGAGGGGAGAUGUUUCCUUGUCUUUCUAGUUUGGAUAUUUGGAAAUGCCCUAAAAUUGGACUGCCAUGUCUUCCAUCUCUUAAAGACCUCGUUGCCGAUCCAUGUAACAAUGAGUUACUGAGGUCAAUCUCUACCUUUUGUGGUCUUACUCAGCUUGCCCUAAGUGACGGUGAAGGAAUAACAUCCUUCCCAGAGGGGAUGUUCAAAAACCUUACUUCUCUUCUAUCUCUGUUUGUAUAUUGUUUCUCUCAAUUGGAGUCCUUACCAGAGCAAAAUUGGGAAGGUCUUCAAUCCCUUCGAAUUUUAAGGAUUUGGAAUUGUGAAGGAUUGCGAUGCUUGCCGGAGGGUAUUCGACACCUCACUUCACUUGAGCUUCUGGCAAUUGAGGGUUGCCCAACAUUAGAGGAACGAUGCAAAGAGGGAACAGGGGAGGAUUGGGACAAGAUAGCUCAUAUUCCAAUAAUACAGUUUACCGAGGAUUAAGAAGCAGAGACGUUUACCCUUAUCUGCCACAAUCAACAUCGCAAAAAUCAAUUUUACUUGAAGAGAUCCAGAGUACAUGAAAGAUAUUUUACUGUUCAUCCUAAGAAGGAUAAAUGUUCUAAUUCAGGAUUGCCUUCAACACACAAGGGAUUAACCGUAACAAACGUACCUAAUGAUGAAGAGAACGUCUUUUGGAGUGGAGGAGGUGACAACGAGUCCGGUGGUGGUAUCGAGGAUUGCGAUUUUGAUAGUGAGGGCGUGGGUCAGAGCUGCGUGCCCAUUAGCAACUCUGAUCAUCAAGAACAAAGAUCAUGGCAAAGGAUGCAAUUACUUUGUUGGAUAAGGUUGGAAAAAGGCUCAUGUUUCUGGGCACUAAAUGGGAUUUAUGAUAGCAGCAGUGGUUCCUGAUAGAGUCCUCUACUUGGCUUUGCUAAAUGUAAAGGGUGGAGGUUUUCAAUGUUUUCCAAAGGUAUAUGUCCCUUUUAUAGUUCUAUCUUCUAUGAAAUGUUUUGAUUUGAUUUUACGACACUGUGUUUAGAGCAUUGAUGACGCAAUUUUUGUAAGACGUUAACUACAUUAAUGAUUGCUAGCCAAGCUUUUUUUAAUUAGAACCUUGGUUCAGGGCGAGUUGAUUAAUAAGUAUAAUUUCUUAGUACUGAUUUUAGGUGAUCCUUUAGGGUAAAUUUAGUUGAGAAUUUCCUUUUCUAUAGUUUCGAGUCAGAAUUUUGGUAAGACUUUUGUAGCACUGAAAUUUAGAUGUUUGAGUGCUUAAAUGUAUAAACAUAAUGUUUAGUUUUGGGAAGAUAAUUUUCUAAGUAAGGUUCAUGGCUUCGUUUCGAUGAUUGACUGCAAUUUCGAUGAUAUUCACUUCAAGUACAUUGAAGUAGCUUCUAAAACUGGACAAAUUAAGGAGUAGAGUGUGUGACUUGGAAUCAAAGUUUUAUUGAGAAGACAAAGAACAUUAUAAUGAAGGUCAAGCUUCCAGAUCCACAUUUUGUCUGUACUAUCAACAUGAUUUGUUGCUUUGAAAGCCAGAAAAUGCUACUAUAGUAGUAGAGAGGUUGUUAGAUGAAUGCCAUGAAGAAUGUGAGAAGAGAAAUCAAUUGCUUUCUCACAAGCCACCUAUAUUAUGAUUCUCGUGGUGUUGGUAAAUAUCGUGAGAAUUGGGUUCCUGUAUUUGCCAUUGUUUCUUACGAAAGGAUGCAAUGUGAUGUUGAGCUUAAUGUUAGCAAUAAAAAGUAAAAACUCAUUGUUCAAGCUACAAGCUAGGUGUAAAUACAUCUAUUCUUUAGAAAGGUGCCAUUGCAUUUCAUAAUGCGAAUUUGAGACACCAAUGUUAUUUCAUUAUGUUUGUGUUAGAUAUGUUGUGGAAUGAAUGGAUGUUGCUGACCUCUGCAAGAAGCUCCCACAUUCUGAUUAAGAGUUUUGAAGGCAGUUGGUUGAUCAAGUUAAGCCCACAACGCCGCCAAAAAGCAAGAGCCCUGUGCAGUUUUCCGCUGCAAUGAAAGUUUGUAUGAUUCUGAACUUCCCCAAGAGUUGAUUGAGGUCCUCCAAAAUGCUGCACAAUUCUGCUUUUAGUUGAAACUUCAAUCUGUCAUUUUUGCUGAUACUGCAUUAACGGCAGAUCCUUCAAGGGUCGUGUAAAAAAAAAAACUGUGAUGCUUCUGCUGGCAACCAAAACAAACAGUUGACAAACAUGGGAAUGAAGUUUUUUUCGUCUGCCUUGAGGAUGAAGAGAUCUACUUAGCUAAGAUUUGUAGUCUGAAUGUUAUUAUUCAUUGAUCUAGUUCCCUCUUCUUCAUAAAGUAUUUUGAUAUAAAUAUUUACCACUCAUAUUUCAAUUUACUUACAUGCAAUUUAAUGAGCUUUGUUAUUGUGAAAUGUAGAACAUUGAAAUAUAAGUAAAUGUAACAAGGAGCAGAUAGUUUGUUGAUUAAAACAAGUAUAUAUUGUUA